AGCUGUGUGGGUACUCAAGCACUGAUUUCUCCCCUACGUUAAGAAUGGGGACGACAAUAACCUUUAGCGUCGUGGGCGUGGUGUACAGCCUCAUCGCGGGCGUGACCUCGCUCCCGGGGGGUCCCCUCCCCCCGAUGGCCUUCCGGCACUUCGCGGUGUUGGACCAGAGGGGGGACUUCCACCUGCUCUGGACCCCGGGGGAGCAGGACGUCGUGUUCGAAAUCCAGGUCGCGACCCGAGGGUACGUCGGCCUUGGGUUCUCGCCGAACGGAGGCAUGAAGGGCGCGGACAUCGUGCUCGGCUGGGUGGACGCCCAAGGCGACGUCCACACGCAUGACCGUUACGCCACCGGUAUGAUGAUUCCUGUUAUAGACGAUUCGCAAGACGUGGAGAUUCUCGGAGGCUACGAGAACGAGACACACACCGUGCUAAGGUUCGCGAGGCCCUGGAACACGUGCGAUAAGGAACACGAUUUCCAACUGACAAAGACAUGCAUGAGCCUGGUUCUCGACUACAUCUUCGAUAGAAAUACACGAAUAUCAUGCAUCGUGGACAGCUCCGGCCUCCGCCUGUUUCUGACGGAGGACCUGCGCGAGUUCGAGGCGGGGGUGCUGAUCCUCGGCCACAUGGUCUCGCCCUCGCACAUCAUUCCGCCGGGGAAGGAGUGGAGGACAGUAGGCCACUGCGACGGAAGAUGCGUCGAGCAGGCCCUCCCCCCUGAAGGCGUCAAGGUGUUCCGAGGCCUUCUCCACGCCCACCUCCUCGGGACGGACAUCACCCUCAGGCAGAUACGCGAGGGUCGGGAGCUUCCUGUUGUCUUUAAAGACAUGAACUACGACUUCAACUACCAACAAGGAAGAAUACUGAAGGAAGAGAUGACCAUCCUGCCUGGCGAUUCCUUCAUUACAGAGUGUGGUUACGACGCCAGACACAAACAGACACCGACUUUUGGAGGUGAAAGUACACAGGAAGAGAUGUGCAUUGCCUUUCUGACAUAUUAUCCUCGAACUGAUUUCACCUUCUGCCUCUCCGGCUCCGACCUGCCUUCCAUCUACACCAGCUUUGGGAUCCAAGAGGUCUAUGGCGAACUGGAUAUGGGCAAAAGUUCGCGGGUGAAUGGAAAUGCACUGCUAGAGAAAAUGAUAGAGAAGAAGGAGAAGAACAAGAAGGAAACAGCGAUAGAAGUGGACUACGCCAAGAUCUACAAGGGCGUCGUGGCCAAAGCUCCUCAAGAUUUACAAAACGUAUCCCUGUACGACCUCAUCCUCGACCCGAAGACCUGGCAGGACGAGAAACUCCUGGCGAGGCUGCAGGAACAGACGGCUUUCGGUCCACACACGAUGUUCUGCGGGAUGAGAGGAAAUAAAGUCUUCGAUGGGUAUCCUCGGUCCUACAAAUACCCCGACUUUUUGGCCAUCAAGUUGUUGGACGAAGAGUGUGACGCCAACCACGGGGCUGAGGCGUAUGUACCUGUCACAAGUGAAGACGAAGGCCGCAAGCAGGACGAAGAUGUCAACGCAGACGUCGGCGAAGUCGAAGAAGAAGCCGCCGGAGGUUCCGGCGCGAGCGAGGCCUCGUUCCUGGUCUUGGCCGUGGCUUUGGGCUUCGUGGGCCUGUGGAGACCGUGAUCAGGGCUUCUGGAGGAUUGCAUAUAUAUAUAUAGAAGAAUAUAUAUAGAUGAAUAUAUAUAGAUGAAUAUAUAUAGAUGAAUGUAUAUAUA